AUGCUCUGCUUGUUUAACCAAAGAGCCCUCUCUCGACCGACCGGACUGAAACCUGGGGAGGAGGCUACGGGUUGCUUGUCUGCCACUCUCUGCUCCUGGCCCUCUCCUCACUUCAUCCAUUUCCAGAACCCCAAGGCUUUCUGUCUCGCUGUGCGUCUGGGCCUGUCCCUCACAACAUCUCACGACUGUGCCUCAAAGCCUGCAUCAAUAAACGAAAACAGUCUGCACCGCUGCGGGCGUGGAGCUCCGGGGACGCGAGAGGGUGUGCGAGUGCUUGCGUCGUCGGGCCACCUCCGGGGCAAGUCAGGCCUCACCCACGACCCCCAGGCCGAACCCUCUCCCUACCCCGACCCAUCGGUCAAGGCGCGGGACUCUUGGCUGUGCUUGGACGGGUGUCUCUGCCUGGAGGCGUUGGCCAAGUCUUCGGGCCACCGUGGCUCAGGCAAGUCGAGCCCGCACGACAUCCGGAAUCUGUGGACCACGGCCACGCUGUCGCAGCCGAAGCUGAAUGUGCCGCUGCCUACUGUCCGUGAGGACUCGGAACUGGAGGGCAGCAGCGUAGGCGGCAAGACUCGCUGGUCGUACAACCAAAAGGCUGGCCACGACUCGGACGGUGGCUGCGAAGAAUCGGAUGACGGAGAGGACAAGGACAACUUCAAGCCAGAGGAGCUGGACGAGCACGCCUUGAUGGAGCUGGAGAUGCGCCGCGGCAGCUCCCUGGGAGGCCCUUUAGAGGAGGACGAUUCCAAGACCGACAGCGAAAAGCCUUCCUCAGUGUCAUCGCUCAAUAUCUCGAGGCACACACCCCAUCGAGCCUACUGGGUGGAGCAGCAGAGCAGGCUGCCCCUGCCCCUGACUGAACUCAUGGAGAAUGAAGCUCUGGAAAUCCUCACCAAAGCCCUCCGGAGUUACCGAUCGGAGAUCGGCCGGGACCACUUCCUGACCAAGCAGCUGCAGCGAUACAUCGAGGGGCUCAAGAGGCGCCGGAACAAGAGGCUGCAAGUCAUGGUGAUCUGAGAGCACCGCCUCGGGCUCGAGUGACCGCCCGACUCCAGCCAUGGUCCCAGAUCCAAGCCCGACCCUGUCCACGUGGAU